AUGUUCGACCACGCUGUACUUCAUCGUGUACGAGGGUCCAUUAGUGGACUUGGAAAAGGCACCCUCGUCUCCUCUCUUGCAAUUCUGCUCCGCGACAUCGGCCUCAAGUUAACUGCCAUAAAGGUCGACCCCUACCUCAACUUCGACGCUGGCACUAUCUCGCCCUUCGAGCAUGGCGAAGUAUUCGUUUUGAAGGACGGCUGCGAAACUGACUUGGACCUAGGCAACUACGAACGCGCGCUCAACAUCGAACUUUCAAGCAGCAAUUGCAUCACCACUGGCAAGAUCUUCAGCACCGUCUUCAACGCGGAGCGCAAAGGCAGCUACUUGGGCAAAACCGUGCAAAUGGUUCCGCACGUCACCGACUGCAUCCAAGAAAUGUUCUCGCAGCUGGCCGAAUCUGAGGAGUGCUAUGAUGUCUGCCUUGUUGAGAUCGGCGGCACCGUCGGUGACAUCGAAUCCUCUCUGUACCUCGAAGCGAUUCAGCAGUUUGUGCACCGAAGAGGCGCCGAUAACGUUUCACUCUGCCACUUAGUUUUUGUGCCAACGGUUUCUGCCGAGCAAAAGACCAAGUGUGCACAGCACUCUUUCCGUGCGCUCCGCGAGUCCGGCUUGUUUCCCAGCUUCAUCUUCGCGCGCAGCACAGAUCCGCUGACGCAACAGUCGCUGAGCAAGCUGUCGACCUUCAGCGGCGUGUCGCAAGAGCGAAUAUUCAGCUGCUACGACGUUUCCAACCUGUACUUCUACCACUCCUCAAAUGACACAUACAUUAGCGUCGUGAAAGCUGUGGAACACGCUUCCUUCCGGCUCAACAUUCCUAUUAAACUGGUCAACAUCAGCGCCGAGCUGCUUGAAAAAGACGCCGAUCCCAAGCAAGCCGAGGAGGUCUACGAGACGCUCUGCUCGUGCCACGCCGUGCUCAUUCCUGGUGGUUUUGGCGAACGCGGCACAGCGGGCAUGAUCAAGGCGAUUUGGCACGCGCGCACGCACGACAUACCUAUCCUGGGCAUCUGCCUCGGAAUGCAACUCAUGUGCAUUGAAGCCGCACAGAACGUGCUCGGCUACUCCAACGCAAACAGUGAGGAGUUCGGCGCUACAGAUCCCGACAACUUCAUCAUGUUCCUGCCCGACAGUUCUCGCGAGAUCUACGGCGGCACGAUGCGACUCGGGGAGCAUGCUACCUCGAUCCUCUCCGAAACUUCUUUGGCUUAUGAGAUCUACAAAAGGAAGACCGUGCACGAGCGGCACCGCCACCGAUUCGAAUUUAACAAGUUAUACGAGAAUUUGUUCGCCGACGCUGGCUUUGUAUUUUCCGGAAUUGACGUCAGCAACCAACGCUACGAAAUCAUUGAGAGGCCGGGGCAUGCGUUUUUCUUCGGCACGCAGUUCCAUCCUGAGUACAAGUCUAGUCUGGAGAAUCCUUCAGAAGUGUUUCUUGCGUUUGCCGCAGCAUCUCAGAGAAGCAAACAGAAAGCGGAUGCGAAGCGUCAAAUCAUCUAG